AUGCAGCCUGACAACAGCAGCUUCUGCCCCUUCAAGCAGAGGAGAAGCCUUGCUGCCAGGAUGCAGGAAGUGGCAGAGAUCCGGAUGAAGUAUCCCAACAAGAUCCCGGUGGUUGUGGAGCGCUACCAGAAUGAGAAGACUUUGCCCCCCUUGACCAGGACCAAGUAUCUGGUGUCUCAGGACCUGCCCCUGUCCCACUUUGUGGUUACCCUGCGGACACGGCUCUACCUGGCCUCCUCCCAGACCUUCUACCUGCUGGUGAACAACAAGGGGCUGCCGAACAUGUCCAUCACCAUGCAGGAGCUCUACCAGGACAACCAGGACGAGGAUGGCUUCCUCUACCUGACCUAUGCCUCUCAGGAGAUGUUUGGCAGCUUUUCCUCCAUCAACCCACCGGCCAGCCCCGUGUCCUUGUGGCUCCUCCUUUCAGGCCGCAGAUGCUG